AUAUUCGUCAAAUUACAUUUACUUAGUAUAUUCAAAUACCAAAAAGAGAAAAAAAAUCAAAAAAAAAAGGAGGUUGGGACUGAAGUAUAACAAUUUGUGCUUCUUUCUCAAUUUCCUUUGUUGUCAAAUCCUAAUACAGAACCAUGGCUAAAUUUUCCAAAAAUUCCAUGGUUCUGUGCUUUUUGGUAGCCAUUGUUUUUGUUAUCUCUAGUGCAAGUGCAUCUACUAGGCUUAAGAAAUUUAAUCACCCUACUAAAGGUGAUGGUACUCUUAAUUUCUUGGUUAUUGGUGACUGGGGACGAAGGGGUACUUAUAAUCAAUCUCACGUAGCUCGCCACAUGGAAAGAGUCGGAGAGAAGUUAGACAUUGAUUUUGUAUUAUCAACGGGUGACAAUUUCUAUGAUAAUGGUUUAACAGGAGUAAAUGAUACAAAUUUCGUAGAGUCAUUUACUAACAUAUACACAGCAAAGAGCUUACAAAAACAAUGGUACAGCGUAUUAGGCAACCACGAUUACAGAGGAAACGUAGAAGCACAACUCAGUCCUUACCUUAGGAAAAUUGAUAGCAGAUGGAUUUGUUUAAGGUCUUUUGUAGUUAACGCAGAAAUUGCUGAAAUAUUCAUGGUGGAUACAACUCCAUUUGAGGAGAAAUAUUUCACAACUCCUAAGGAUCACAUCUACGAUUGGCGUGGUGUGCUCCCUAGACAUGCAUACAUGGCUAGCGUAGUAAAAGAACUCGAAAAGGCCUUGAGUGAAUCGACAGCAACAUGGAAGAUUGUACUAGGUCACCAUGCCAUUAGAAGUGCAGGACAUCACGGUGACACUCAGAUACUUGUGGAUCGUUUUCUUCCUAUUCUUAGGAAGUACGAUGUUGAUUUUUACAUGAACGGACAUGACCACUGUCUUGAACAUAUUAGCGACACUGAAAGCCCGUUGCAAUUUUUAGUAAGUGGAGCAGGUUCAAAGGCAUGGAGAGGAGAUAUUAAAGGAAUAAAUAGAGAUGAUGUGCAUUUUUUCCAUGAUGGACAAGGUUUCAUGUCUGUUGAGUUGACACCGACAGAGGCUGAGAUCAAAUAUUAUGAUGUUUUUGGUAGAAUUAGACAUAGGUGGAGUAGGUCCAAGAAUCUUCUUCACUCUGCUAUGUAAAAAAAAAAAGAAUCUUUUUUGGUUGUAGAUACUAAGUUAGAUGUAGAAAAGAAAUUGGAUUCUUUGUUUUUUGUUGUUGAGAUUGGAUUGUGAAAGGAAGUAAAUCUCACACAUUUAGGGUUCGUUUGGGUUCAAUGUAUUAGAAUUUAGAUGGAAUAACAUAUGACAGUUUUGCUCA